AAAAAUUAAUCUAAAGUAGAGCACAAGUAGAAAAGCAUAUUCUGGGAUUUGCAGAGAACUUCAACAAAAGCCCUCGCGCACCUGGAUUCUGAUAGAAGACUCUCUUUCUCUCUCUCGACCUUUCUCUUCGCUGCUGUGUUUGAUCGUGUGAGCGAAGAUGCAUUCGACCCACUUGCUUCUUGAGGAGCCGAUUAGGAUGGCUUCGAUUCUCGAGCCAUCCAAGGCUACUUUCUUUCCUGCAAUGACGAAGAUCGUGGGCACUCUGGGACCCAAAUCUCGAUCCGUGGAGGUUAUUUCUGGCUGCCUCAAGGCUGGAAUGUCGGUGGCCCGGUUCGACUUUUCUUUGGGAGACCCGGAAUAUCACCAGGAGACUCUGGAGAAUCUGAAGGCGGCUGUGAAGAGUACUAAGAAGCUUUGCGCUGUUAUGCUGGACACAGUGGGCCCUGAGUUGCAGGUCGUUAAUAAAAGUGAGAAAUCUAUUUCACUUCUGGCGGAUGGUUUUGUUGUUCUGACACCAAAUCAAGAAGUAGAAGCCUCUUCGGAGCUUUUGCCCAUCAAUUUUGAUGGCCUGUCAAAGGCAGUGAAGAAGGGAGACACCAUUUUUAUGGGUCAAUAUCUAUUUACUGGAAGUGAAACUACUUCUGUUUGGUUGGAGGUCUCUGAAGUGAAAGGGGAAGAUGUUGUUUGUGUCAUAAAGAAUUCUGCAACCCUGUCUGGUGCAUUGUUCACUUUGCAUGCCUCUCAAAUUCAUAUUGAUAUGCCAACUCUCACCGAUAAAGAUAAGGAUGUUAUAAGUACUUGGGGAGUUAAACAUAAAAUUGACUUCCUCUCUCUGUCAUAUACCCGGCAUGCAGAAGACGUUCGCCAGGCCCGUGAUCUCCUUUCUAAGUUGGGUGACCUCAGUCAGACUCAAAUUUUUGCAAAGAUUGAAAAUAUAGAGGGGUUAACCCAUUUUGAUGAGAUCCUUCAAGAAGCAGAUGGUAUCAUUCUCUCCCGUGGGAAUUUGGGGAUUGAUCUCCCUCCUGAGAAGGUGUUUUUGUUUCAAAAAGCUGCUCUUUACAAGUGUAACAUGGCUGGAAAGCCUGCAGUGCUGACUCGUGUUGUGGACAGUAUGACUGACAACUUGAGGCCAACUCGUGCAGAAGCAACUGAUGUUGCCAAUGCUGUAUUGGAUGGAAGUGAUGCAAUUCUUCUGGGUGCUGAGACUCUGCGUGGGUUGUACCCUGUUGAGACUAUUUCUAUUGUUGGUAAAAUUUGUGCUGAGGCAGAGAAGGUUUUCAACCAAGACCUUUAUUUCAAGAAGACUGUCAAAUAUGUUGGAGAGCCGAUGACCCACUUGGAAUCUAUUGCUUCCUCUGCGGUGCGGGCUGCCAUUAAGGUGAAGGCAUCUGCUAUUAUUUGUUUCACUUCUUCAGGAAGGGCAGCAAGAUUGAUUGCUAAGUAUAGGCCAACAAUGCCAGUUCUGUCUGUUGUCAUCCCCCGGCUUAAGACAAAUCAGCUAAAAUGGAGCUUUACUGGAGCCUUUGAGGCAAGGCAAUCACUUAUUGUGAGAGGCCUCUUCCCCAUGCUUGCGGAUCCCAGACAUCCUGCGGAGUCGACAAGUGCAACAAACGAGUCAGUUCUAAAGGUUGCACUUGAUCAUGGAAAGGCAUCAGGAGUCAUAAAGUCACACGAUCGAGUUGUUGUUUGCCAGAAAGUUGGGGAUUCGUCUGUGGUGAAGAUAAUUGAGCUUGAGGAUUAAAUAUGUUUUCUUCUUGCCCUCAGUUUUGAGGACUUUUAAAUUUUUUCAAGUGGUGGACGACUGUUGCUGUCACCUAUGAAGUGUUAUAUCUCCAGGGUUAUGGAGAAAAGCUUUUGAAUUGACAUGUAUUAAGAAUUUACACUCGGGCAGUUAUUUUUGUUUAUCGAAAGUUAGUCAUGGGAAAUAUGCCCGCGAUACCCAUUUUUGCUUUA